AUGGGGCAUCAUACGGAGGUUCCUGGGCGCAAAAUCUCGCUUUUCAACCUUGCAGUUGUGCUCGCCCUGACGCUGGGCAGCCUGACAUAUGGGUAUACCUUCAGCAUCACAUCCACCACCCUUGGGCAACCAGGAUGGUACCUCUUCUUCGACCUCUCUUCGGAAGCUACUGGUCCUAAGUAUUCAUACACUCAAGCAAUUACGGGCACCAUGAACGGUCUUUUCUGUGCUGGUGGUUUUCUUGGGUCGAUAUUUAUCGGAUGGUCUUGUGAUGCGAUGGGGCGAAAGAACUCACUAUGGAUUGCUUCUCCUCUUGCAAUACUGGGUGGCGCACUUCAAGCCGGUGCGGUGCACAUCGGCAUGUUCCUUAUUGGGCGGUUCAUAGGAGGGUUUGCCGUUGGUAUUCUCAUUGUGUUGAUCCCUCUAUUCCAGGCAGAAAUCGCACCUCCAGCAGCACGUGGAUUUCUAGUUUCUCAACAUGGCGUUGUCCUCGUCCUGGGUUAUUCUCUUGCCGCUUGGACCGGGUUUGCCUGUUUCUUCUCGACCAAUCUCUCUUUUCAAUGGCGAUUCCCGCUUGCUGAGCAAUGUCUUUGGCCUUUGCUUAUGCUGAUUCUGACUCCGUGGAUUCCCGAAUCUCCUCGCUGGUUGAUUAUGAAUGAUCGUAUGGAUGAUGCCUGGUCAGUAAUUAUCAAACUGCACGGGGUUAGUCAAAAUGACACUACCUCGGCCGCUGCCUCCUUCGCGCGGGAGGAAUUUUAUCAAAUGAAGCAACAAGCCGUUGCCGACAAGGCUACGGCAUCUGGUGAGAGCUUUGGUACUCUUUUCACGAAGCCCUCGUACCGGAAGAGAAUUCUUUGUGCAUUCUUCACAAUGUUCGCGUCUGAAUCUACCGGGAUUCUGGUGGUGUACAAUUACUCUGUUCUCCUCUACCAAGGUCUUGGGUUUGAUAACAAGAUAUCUCUCUUGUUGUCUGCUCUAUAUGUUAGCGUGGCCUGCGCAGGAAAUUACAUUUCUUCGAUUUUGGUUGACCGUGUGGGACGGGUCAAGCUGUUCCUGAUUGGGUUUAGUGGCUGUUUGAUUAGUUUGAUCUUUGAGACAGUGAUGGUCGCAAGAUAUACUGGGUCCACAAAUAAGGCUGGCUUGAGAGCAGGCGUCUUCUUCCUCUUCAUCUACAUUUUCUUCUAUGGCUGUUGUGUCGACGCUACAACCUACGUCUACUGCAGCGAAAUCUUUCCGAGUCACAUUCGUGCCCGUGGAGUCGCGUUUUCCCUUUCUAUUCUUUUCCUUACAGCCCUGGUAUAUCUGGAAGCUGCUCCAACCGCAUUUGCCCAUAUUGGAUGGAAGUACUACGUGGUAUUCCUUGUCCUCACUUUGGUCAAUAUCUUCGUGGUUUGGCGGCUGUUCCCUGAGACAAAGGGACUCAGUCUGGAAGAGAUCGGCGAGCUAUUUGGCGAUGACGUGGCUGUACAGCUAACGCAGCUUACAAUGGAGGAGAGAGAGCUUUUGGACCAAAAGAUCCUCUCGGAGAAGAGUAUGGGAGAUGAAAUUCAUAUUGAGGUUAACACAGAGCGGUCGGAGGGAAACUAG